GUUGGUCCAUGAAACGCACCUUGUCUGCAUUGGCCUACAUCUGUGAUCACAUCUGUGAUGCUAAACGCCAGGAAUUCAAGCAUAAUUCAAGCGGCAGCUCGUUUCCUCGUAUUGACGUGUGUUAUUUGAAUUCAGAUUAUCGCAUAUGUGUAUAUAGAAUUUAGCUGCAAAGUCUAUCGCAUAAUCGAACUUCUGGGAUAGGGAAGUCAAGGUGUGUUACAAAUUAUUUCAAGUAUAUCCUGCUGGCAACGAUGAAUACAAGAAAUGCGCCGAUGCAAUGCAUCGAUUUAAAAUGCACUGGCAAUGGAACUUAAGCUAGGACCUUCCGCGAGCUACCUGCGAAAGUACUUAUGAAAGUGAUAAGAGAAAUGUCGGAUCGCUUAUUGUAUUAAUAUCGAGGAUACGGCGAAUAAAGAUGCAUCUCUGAGAAAGAUCAAACGGAGCAUGCAUUUCUGGAUUAAUAAACCGGCGGGCAGGUACUACGGUUUCACUGGCCGCCGAUACCCCGCCACACCUCUGCCAAAAACGCGCUUCAAUCGUUGUCGAUACAAUGCAGAUUUAAGACAAAUGGUUACUCCGCUUCACCGCUUCCAAAACCUGAAUGCCACAGGAAACAUGGCCGGUCCUAGUAAUCUGAAUAAUUGCAGGAUGAUACAAACAUCUAUAACAGCUAAUAAUAACGAAACUCAAAACAGGUUUCCAGUUGGCUCUAGUCAACGCAUCCAGCUGAACAACAUCUCCAAUAAUGUGACAACUGCUGGGAAUACUCAGUUGAUAUUAUCGAAUACGACUCCGAAUGGAACUAACAGAAGUCUUUUGGACUUCUCGGAAUUCAAUGACGCGGAACUAACGUGUUAUAGAUUCCGUUGUUGUGUCUGGAUAUCGUUCGUACUCACGACAGUAUUCGGCGGUGCCGCAAAAUUUUACUUCGCCGAUCAAGGCCAAGGUAUAGAAAUAUUGGCAAUUUGGGGUCUAGCGACGUUAUUAGUAUUCGUGUGUUUGUACUCUAUUCUAUGUCGUCGAAGGCAACGCAACAACCAUCAAGAGCAUCGGAUUCAAGAAGAGCAUAUCGCGUCUGUAACAACUACAAAUACAAUACCCAAUGAAACUAUUAGACCCAUUUCCGUAGUAAGGCAAAAUCCACCACCACCCUAUCAUAUAGCCAUUUUAAUUCCGCCUAAUUCAUCGGACGAAGCUCCGCCACCGUCUUACGAUAAAGUCAUGCGAUAA